AUGUGUCAGAGGUCUGAGAGCAUACAUGGCCAGCUCCAUUGUUCUGAGCCCAAGGUGAGGCAGCCCAUCAGGGAAAAUGGGCCCUGCCAUCUCCUGACUCGGGUCGAGGUGGCGGUGAACGUUCUGCGGAAGAAGGAGGAAGACAAGUCCCUGCUAUGCGAAAGGGAUUCGUUGAAGGUCCUGGAACACCCAAGCGUGAUCCAUCUCUUCCAGGUCAUGGAGACCAUGGACAACAUGUACCUCAUCAUGGAGUGUGCACAUGGAAGAGAGCUCCUGAGUCACAUCCCCCUGACUUGUGGUAUAAGGGAGGUGAAGGUCCGCAGGCUGUUCAGAGAGAUGGUGCUUGUCCUGCAAUAUUGCCACCAGAAGGGCGUGGUGCACCUUGACUUGAAACCUAAGAACUUCAUGGUGGAUUCCAGGGUGCGCCACCCCAAGCUCAUCGACUUUGGCUUGAGCACCAGCUUCACGCCUGGGCAGAAGCUGGAUGGAAAAAAAGACCAUUCAGGGUGCUCACCAAUAGGAGCGCGCAGCCUCAUCCAGCAAAUCCUGGUGGUGGACCCCAUGGAGAAGCCCACCCUAGAGCAGGUAAUGGGGUACCCCGUGGCUGAUCCAGGGCGAGGACUCCUCAUCCAACCUUCCCAGCCCUCCCAGCCAGCCACUCCCCAAGCGGCCCGACCCCCCAGCAUCAUGACCUUAAUGCUCAACAUGGGUUACAACCCGUACAAAGCCCGGUUGYCCCUGGCAAAUCGUCAAUUUGAUGGGGCCAUGGCUACCUACUUCCUCCUCCAGCACCAGAGAAUCCAGGGGCCGGCCAGUGCGCUCUGGGCCAAGGCUGUGCAUAAUGGGAUGGCUGGGCAUCGCCAGGUCCCUGGGGCGGAUCCUUCCAGCAUCCACCCCAACAAGUGCCCCAGUGAGCCUGCCCUUGCCUUGCCCUGUGAGCAGCAGCCACCAGACAAAGCCACGCCCUCUGGGCAGAAGGGCACCACAUGUGCCAGCAUGUCUGUCUGUCCUCUCCACCUUCUCCACGUGAAGACACCCCCUUCCAAGCCAGCCUCCCAGCAGGACCCUCUGGCCUCCCAGGGUGGCUCCACAGGGCAGCCAGGUGAGAGAAGCAGGGGCUGGAGGGGGGUCACCAGGCAGCUGGCCACCUUCCUGCAACAACUGUGCUGCUGCCUGCCGUGCUUCCGUGGGCCCGCCUUCCGCAACAGAGUGGCUCCGAGUGGCGCAGGCCACAGACCCCAUAGGUUCCACAACAGAGUGGCUCCAGGGAACAUGCCCACGUGA